AUGCGCACAAAGCAAACAAGUCCAGUAGAGUCGAACACCAAUGUAAAAGGGUGUUUGCUCGACUUGGCAGAAAACUUAAUUUCCAUUUUCGUAGACGACCUAGAGACAUGUACUGAAGACACUCAGUGCCAAUGUAAUCCAACAGAAUCUGAUUCUGAACCCGACGAAACUAAUUCCUGCACCGACUAUGGCGACUGCAUCAUGAAGAUAGCACAAAAGUUUAAUCCCGAGUUAGCAGAGUGCAUGAAGACGUGUGCUGAUAAAAAUUCAUGUUCCAACGAUCAAGGCAAACCUGGUCCAGAUCAACCCACACAACCUGACUGCUCGGCAAGUAUCGAAUGUGAAAUGAGAAUGUCCAUACUCAAGUUAGCACAGAACUUUAAUACUAUUUUAGAAAAAUGCAUUGGAUCCAGUGAAGAGGAGACUCCAUGCCCAGGGGGACAAAAUAACCCUGAUCCUAAUCCCGACAGUACUACUUCUUGCCCCGAUUACAGCAAUUUCAUCAAAAAGAUUCUCCUAAAGUUGUGUCCUGAAUUAUCAGCAUGCAUGGGAACAGGUGAGGACAAAAAUCCAUCACCCGGUGAUCAAACCAAGUCAUGUCCAGAUAAACCCACACAACCAGAGUGCUCGGAAAAUAUCGAUUGUGAAAUCAAAAUGUCCAUACUCGAAUUGGUUCAAAACUUCAACUCCAUGCUCCUAGGUGGCCAAAACCCAUGCGAUGAGGAGUCCACAGACCCUGAAGAUCCCUCAGAAUGCGAUCUUGAUCCCGAAGAUACUACCUCAAGCAACGAAUGUCACAAUUGCUCAAAAAAGCUAGCACAAAAGUUCCGCUCUGAAGCAGCUGUCGUUAAGAGGACAGGUGCUAAAAAUACUUCAUGCCAAAAUGAUCAAGCCAAGCCAUGUCCAGAAAAACCCACAGAACCAGAUUGCCCGGCAAAUAUCGACUGUGAAAUCAAAACGUCCAUACUAGAAUUGGUUCAAAACUUCAAUUCCAUUCUCUUAGACCGCCAAAAGCCAUGUGAUGAGGAGUCCACAGACCCUGAGGAUCCCACAGAAUGUGAAACUGAUCCAGACGAUACCGCUUCUUGCUCCGAUUAUCGUGAUUGCAUCAUCAAGUUAGCACAAAAGUUGUGCCCUGAGUUAGCAGAGUCCAUGGGAGCAAGUGGUGACAAAAAUUCAUCACCGGACAGUCAGACUAAACCAUGUCCAGAUAAACCCACUCAACCUGAGUGCUCUUCAAAUAUCGACUGUGAAAUUAAAACUUCCAUUCUCGAGUUGGUUAAAAAUUUCAAUUCCAUUCUGGUAGAUAGUAAAAAGCCAGGCGGUGGUGAGGGAACGACAGAACCAGAGAAUCCCUCAAAACCCGAUCCUAAUCCAGACGGAAACUCCUCCUCUGAUUAUCUCAAUUGCAUCAAAAUGUUGUUGCAAAAAUUGAGUCCAGAGUUAGCCGAGUGCGUGAAGACAUGUGCUGACAAAACUCCAUCCCCCGAUGAUCAAAAUAAACCCUGUCCAGAGCAGCCCACUCAACCGGACUGUUCGGAUAAUGUUGAAAGUGAAAUAAAAUCAUACUUACUCAAAUUGGCACAAAACUUUAAUUCCAUUCUCGAAAAAUACCUUGAAACAGGUGAUGGAGAAACUUCAGACCCUGAGGAACCCUCAGAACCUGAAGAACCCUCAGAACCUGACACCGAUCCCGAAGAGCCUAACUCAGGCUCCGAUUUUCGAGAAUAUAUCCUAAAAUUAGUUAAAUAUUUGUUUCCUGAUUUAGCUAUGCGCUUGGAGGCAUGUGCUGAGGAAAUUCAAUGCCCAGGCGUUCCAACCGAUUCUUCUCUACAAAAACUCACUAUACCAGGCUUAACGAUUGAGACCUACAACGUACUCAGAGCGUCCUUGAUCAACUUGUUAAUGGUCGUCUACCCCGAACUAGCCCCAUGUUUUGAAACAGAUCCAGAUGAUAACGGCGAUUGCGAAACAGAACCAGAAACCCCCGAUCUUCCUGAUCCCGAUGAACCAACAGGAUGCACCAGUGUGAAACAAUGCCUCAGGCUUCUUUCUGAGAAAUUGAACCCUGAAUUGUUCUGUGCUUUGGAAAACUGCACUCAGCAAUGUCCUUCUCCACAACCGAUGCCAUGUCCACCACCAUGCCCCUCGCCAUGCCCUCAGCCAUGCCCACAGCCAUGCUCUCAGAUAUGCCCUCAGCCCAUUUGUGAUGACGUUCCAAUUGAGGAAGCCAACCAAUGUCUUCUCACAAUUGCCAACGCACUUCGUGAUCAACUUGACGACGGGACGGAACAAAUCUGCCCAUGCCAGCCACAAUCUCAACCAUCUGAACCCAAACAAGCUUUGUCACCUGUGGCUAUAAGACGCCUUUCUCCAGCCAUAUCAUCUGCCUUCAAUAUCAAACCAAUCGGACUUGCAACGCCAAAUAAACUUUUAGCACAACGAGCCAAUUUAAAUAAGAAACCACGAGUCAAGUUUGCGAAGACGUCAAAGUCAACUAAGUCGAGCAAAUCAUCAGCUCCACCACUACCACUUAUUCCCAAAACCUGGCAAACUAAAUAUAUGGGGCUAACAAAUAAAUCGAAUAAGUCAGGCAAAAAGUCUGCCAAACCGGCCUCAAAGCCAAAUCAAUCAGUUUCAACUUCCAACUCCUCCAAGUCAACGAAGCUUUAA